CUGAGGGAUGUCCAGUUUUCACGAUCCUUAAAAAAACACUGCAGGGCCACUGAAUGUAUGAAAAAAGGGAGAAAAGAAAGAAGAAAAAAAACCCAGUAUAUCUUCAACUUUACUUAGCAAAGAUGCUAGACAAAAACGAUACAAGCUAUAGUGUCAAUUAAUGUAAACAUGUUUUAAAAUAUUACAGAAUUAUAAGUUUUACUAUACAGUUAUCUAAUAUCUUUACGUCCCUGCUUUAAUGCAGUAAAUACACGAUGUCAGUAUAUCACUGUUUUAAUUUAUUAUUCAGGAUUACGCACAGCAGAGGUGACUGAAAGCUGAAAUGUGUACCAUAUUAUUAUUUUCAUUCCAGGUGAAAGUUCAAACCAUGGCCAACACAUUUUUUUUGUGACAAUCAGUGAUUGUAUAUGAAAUGAAAUGAUGUUUAGAAAGAAAUAGUCAUGUUGUUUUGGUGUAGGAACUUGGUGAUUGGCAUUUUCUUUGCUCUUUUGAAAACGUCACUGUCCGGUGAUCAUUGGUUAUUUCCUCAAGCCUGCUAUGAUGAUGUUGCUGAUGUGACACCCUUACACAAGAAUGAGGUUGUGGAUAUUGCCAUUUCCAAAUAUACUCCAGCCUGGAUGAAUUUGAGGAAAAGUAACAAAUAUGGACAGUCAUGUGAUAGCAAACCUUGCCUAGAAAAGCACAGCAUUACCUGCCAAAAAACAUUUGAUUUGUCUCAAAUGUUGAAGAAAAAUUUGAAGCUCUAUGUCAAAGUGAAAGUGAUGCCAGAGGUGUAUUAUUCAUGCCCUUUUACAUACUUGUUAUAUUCCGGAAAUAGUUAUCAACCGAUUAAGGAAAUACCAUGUUGGCAGAUAUUCAGUUCGUCUAUCCAUUGGCCAGAUACAAAUUUCACAUUUGCAGUGAAGUUCAACACCCUUAAGAUGGGCAGCUCCAGAUACUUAAACAUAACAAAAAUAUCUGUUCAAGUAGGCACCUGUCGGAAUUGCUUCAAGAUGGAAACUCAGAUAGAAAGAUUUGUUAAGGAUACCACAUGGCAUGUACAAUUACCUAGAGACUGCAGCAUGAGAAUGUGCCUUGAGUACAGACCAUUCACUUACACCGUGUCAACGUAUGGUGGCUCGUAUAGGAAUGAAGUGUCCAAGAUUCCUUGUUAUGUGACUUUUGAGAUCAUGGACCAUAAACAAACGUCAAGAGUACGGACAUGUCUAAAACUGUCCUGGGAAAAACACGGAGCUCUUCCUUAUGAAAAUAAAUUACUGCUGGUACUAAAGAUUGAUGGUGUGACUUUCAUGGAAUUUCAUACUGGUAUUCUUAACAAUUUCUGGUGUCUGCCCGAAAACUGGCUGAGACAGAAGUCAACGGUGACUCUACUGUGGCAGGGAUGUAAAUAUGAUUGUUGUGAAAAAAACCCAUGGAGACUUUAUAUCAAAUCCAAUAUCACAGCUUUUCACUAUUAUCACAUGUGUAACAGAAGUCCUUAUAAGGAGAAGAAUGCCACAUAUUUGUUCACAACAACAAGUAUUAUUCCAGAUGAGUUUGAAGUGACUGGUGCUAUGGAUCAUCAUGAUCACUAUUCAGGGGUUUUGGAGUGGACUAUACUUCCAGCAAGUCUCUGUACUGCCUUUGUAACAAUUAUUAGCAUAAUUGUGGUGGUGUGUGUGAUACGAAGAAGAAGGUUAAGGGCAACAUCAUCAACCAAUCGGAACAUACAUCAAAGACCUCAUAGUAGAUGUCGCAGUAGACCUGUAAACAACACCACGUAUUGUUUAACACAAAUGGAGGAACUAACCCCAGUAAUUCCUACUUCAUCAAACAACACUGACACAGUAACAACUGACCUCGACCCUCCUCCUCCCUAUCCGGAUGAUGACAUGGCUCCCCCUAGCUAUUACGAGGUGUGUCGGUUUCUUCCAACACAAUCAUCAGGUGUGCAGAAAUGACACUAUGGAUGUUCACAGAUAAUAUGUACUUGUAUUACGUAUACACACCUGUAACACUGCACUGAAAGGGGAUUCAAAACCGUCAUGAUGCUCCUCUAAACUCAACUCCAGCAGUGUACUUCAACUCAACAUAAUGAUUAGACAUCAGUUUCAGUGUUACAUACUGUUAAUGUUGUAAUGUUGAUAUUUGUGAAAACCUUACCUUAUUCUAAGAAUAGAAUGACUUUUUAUGCCAUUUCAUGGUCUGAGACAUACAAUGUAUAAUGAUAACCUUGGCAGCAUUUUCUUAUAAUUUCAUUUCUUCAAUAACUCUUCAACAGAUAUAGAACUGUAAUUUGAUAUAUAGUUGUAUAUCAUCAUGGUGUGACCAAAAUUUGAGAGUCUUGACUCAUUCCAAUGAGAAUGAGUUAAAAAAAGAGGCAAUUUUAUUUGAUUUUUUAAUAUUGAUUGCAGAGGCUGGACCUCUGCUUUAUUUCAUAUUUCAUGUGUACAUCUCUGAACACAGCCAAUAACAAUUAGAGCUCCAAACUUCUCUUUGGUUGCCAGCGAAGGCAUUUGUAUCACUCCCAUGCAUCUCGUUUAGUUAAGUAAAAGUCUCAUAUCUUACUUUUUGUAAGUGUAUCAGGCAUUCACGGUCUUUGAAUUGAGGCAAUACUACUCAGAAUUAUAGUUUUAAAGUCAAUGAAGCCCUCACCGGCAACAACAUAUCUUUAACCAUUUAAUCAUGAUGCUUUAGAUACAUUUAACAGUUGAAAACAUUCGUAAAGAUUCAAUUGUUAAACACAAUGAAAAAAUGAAGUAAUGCAUCAGAAAUACGAAGUGAAGUAAUAUUUAGCAAACAGUAAGAAGACUAAGAUCUAAGUACCUCUCAUACCGGUAUAAGAACUAUUAUUAUAGUAGUAGGGAUCCUGUUAAAAUGUUAAGGAUAUUAAAACUAGAUCAGGAGACACAUCCUCUGUCAGUAGGAGAUAGUUAAAAGGAUAUUAAGUUGUUUGUUGGAAGUCGAAAGUGGAGACUAGGUGACACGUCCUCUGUCAGUAGAAGUUCGCUAAGAUGCUAAGAUAUUGGGUUGUCUGUUGGUAGUUGAAAGUAGAGACCAAGUGUCACGUCCUCUGUCAGUAGAAGUUCGCUAAGAUGCUAAGAUAUUAAGUUGUCUGUUGGUAGUUGAAAGUAGAGACCAGGUGACACGUCCUCUGUCAGUAGAAGUUCGCUAAGAUGCUAAGAUAUUAAGUUGUCUGUUGGUAGUUGAAAGUGGAGACCUGGUGACACGUCCUCUGUCAGUAGAAGUUCGCUAAGAUGCUAAGAUAUUAAGUUGUCUGUUGGAAGUUGAAAGUGGAGACCAGGUGACAAUUCCUCUGUCAGUAGAAGUUCGCUAAGAUGCUAAGAUAUUAAGUUGUCUGUUGGUAGUUGAAAGUGGAGACCUGGUGACACGUCCUCUGUCAGUAGGAGCUAAGAUAUUAAGUUGUCUGUUGGAAGUUGAAAGUGGAGACCAGGUGACAAUUCCUCUGUCAGUAGAAGUUCGCUAAGAUGCUAAGAUAUUAAGUUGUCUGUUGGAAGUUGAAAGUGGAGACCAGGUGACACUCCCUCUGCCAGUAGGAGCUAAGAUAUUAAGUUGUCUGUUGGAAGUUGAAAGUGGAGACCAGGUGACACUCCCUCUGCCAGUAGGAGUUCACUAAGAUGCUAAGAUCAGGUGACACAUCCUCUGUCAGUAGGAGUUAAUUAAUGGCUCUAUUAGGGUAAGUACUCUGAUAGAAGUUAUAUGGGUCUAGAAUCAGUAAAAUGAGGGUUUUUGUUUAAUGGAGUUCAUUUAAUAGUAUAGACAUGAACCUGUUUUAGGGAAUUCUAUGAAGGACUAUUUCCAAUGCUGUUUUAAAUACUACUCAAUCUGAUUAUAUAUCUGUUGUCCUUAUCCCUGACCCCACUCUGUGCCCUGCCCCUCUCUGCCCAACCUAUGUCUGCCCCAUCUCUUUCCGCCAAAAUCCUCUCUACCCCAGCCCUCUUCUCCUGCUCUUCUCUGCUUCAGCUUUAUCUGCCCUGCAACUCAUUGCCAUCUCCUUUGGUGCCCCAUUCCUCUCUCCCCUGUCCCUUUCAACCCCAGCCCUCUCCACUACCCCCUCUCUACCCAAGUCCUCACUAUCCUGCCUCACUCCUCCUUGCCACUCUCUGCCUCAGCCAUCUCUAACCCUGCACUCUCUAAUGCCAUUUCCUCCCUGGCCUCCACUCAAGUCCUCUUCACUCUGGCCAUCUCUGCCCCGUUCCCGGCCCUCCCCUUUCCAGCCCUUACUGCACCAGCCCUCUCAACCUGGCCCUUCUCUGCUCCCAGCCCUCUCCACCCUGCCCUUCUCUGCCACAUUCCUUUCCACCCGGCCCUCCCCUUUCUAGCCCUCUCUGCACCAGCCCUCUCCACUCUGCCUUUCUCUGCCCCAGCCCUCUCCACCUUGCCUUCUGCUCCAAUUCUCUCGACCCCGCCCCUCUCCACUUUCCAGCCCUCUAUGCACCAACCCCUCUCUACCCCAGCCCUUGGCAUUCUGCCCCAUUCCACCUUGCUCCUCUAUGCCCCAGUCCUCUCCUCCCUGAACCUCCACCCAAGUCCUCACCGGCUUGCCCCUCUCUGCCCCAUCCCUCUUUGCCCAGCCUUCUCCACCCUGCCCUUCUCUGCUCGAGUCCUCUCCACCUGGACCUUUCUAACCCUCUCUGUACCAGCCCCAUCUUCUCCACCCUAUUGCACCCCAUCUCUCUCCAUCCCGAUCCUCCCCCUGCCUUUCUCUGCUCAAGCUCUACAACCCAGCCCUAUCUGUGCCAGCCCUCUCUUCCCCACCUCGCUCAACCCUGCCCCUCUCUGCCAAAUAUUUUCUGUCCCAUUUCUCUUACCUUUUUUUGUACAGACCCAUCUAUACACCUUUAUUUUUGCAUGUUAAAUGUAUGAUUUUACUAUUUAACUGAAGCAUACCCUCAGGAUGUUUAACUAUACAUUUUAAGUGAUAUUACAAAUACUACUUCCAUAGGUGAAUUUUUUUUUCAUAUCUGAAUCAUGUAUUGAUAGAUAUUUUGUUAUCUGUCAUAAAUCCAAAGAUCUGUGUUCUUAGGUUAUAUGCUUUCAAGAUAUGAUGCUGGAAAUCAAUCUUUGAUUUUUCCUGUUUUAUUUUAAUGAAAUAUGAAGAGACACAUUUUUGUGUAUGAAAAUAAAUUAUCUAUGUAAUAUUUUGAUUUUAAAAGAAAAACUUCUGGAAUUCAAAGCACUUCUUAAAGGUUUCUUUUUUAUUAAGAAUUUUACUUUUUUAAUUGAUGACUCUGUUGUAUGGCAGGCAUGUUCGAAUAAUGUUUUUGUGUCUGAAUCUGAUGAAAUCUUGAAAAUAUAUUAUAAGUUAUUCAUUUACUUGUUUCAGUUACUUAUUGUUUAUGUGUUGAAAUGAUGUAAAAUGUCUGUCUUUUACUUGACUAGUUUGUCUCUUGCCGGUGAAACUAGGAGACAAAUUAUGUUCUGUACGUUAUGUUCUCUCUUACCAGUAAAACUGGGAGACAUAUUAUGUUCUGUAUGUUAUGUUCUCCCUUACAAGUAAAACUGGGAGACAUAUUAUGUUCUGUAUGUUAUGUUCUCCCUUACAAGUAAAACUGGGAGACAUAUUAUGUUCUGUACGUUAUGUUCUCCCUUACCAGUAAAACUGGGACACGUAUUAUGUUCUGUACGUUAUGGUCUACCUUACAAGUAAAACUGGGACAUGUAUUAUGUUCUGUACGUUAUGGUCUACCUUACAAGUAAAACUGGGAGACACAUUAUGUUCUGUACGUUAUGUUCUCCCUUACCAGUAAAACUGGGACACGUAUUAUGUUCUGUACGUUAUGGUCUACCUUACAAGUAAAACUGGGACAUGUAUUAUGUUCUGUACGUUAUGGUCUACCUUACAAGUAAAACUGGGACAUGUAUUAUGUUCUGUACGUUAUGGUCUACCUUACAAGUAAAACUGGGACAUGUAUUAUGUUCUGUACGUUAUGGUCUACCUUACAAGUAAAACUGGGAGACAUAUUAUGUUCUGUACGUUAUGUUCUCCCUUACCAGUAAAACUGGGAGACAUAUUAUGUUCUGUACGUUAUGUUCUCUCUUACAAGUAAAACUGGGAGACAUAUAAUGUUCUCCCUUACCAGUAAAACUAGGAGACACAUUAUGUUUUCAAUGUUAUGUUCUCCCUUACCAGUAAAACUGCAUGUUCUGCACAUUAUGUUGUGUACUUGUCAUUAGUCACAGUAAUUGUUAGUGUCAUGGUGUGGGAGUAGAAAAAUUAAUAUCUAUUGGUAAUGUUACUCAGUGAUUUUUUUUCAGUCAUGUUAUAUAUCUGAUAUCUUUCUUUGAAGUGUCUCGGAGAUCAAUCCAUCAAUAAUUUAUGAUCUUACCACCAGUAACUACAAACACAUAGACAUUAAGUUCUGUUUCCUUUCUUGGUAAAGAGAAGCUUGAAAUAUAUUAAGUUGAAACAAAGAUAAUUAUGGAAUGGUUGACUUUGUUGAUCAGCCUCUAAAUAUACAAUGAUUGACUUUGUUGAUAUAAAACUCAUGAAAUCAUUUGCUGACACAGAACCCAUGCAGUGAUUUACUUUGUUGAUACAAAUCUUCUCAUCACAGAAUUUACUUGGUUAAUUCAGAAUUAUUUGUAAAAAGAAAUGUUGUAGGCACCAUAACCUGCUUUAACCUACAUUUUUUGGGUCAAGGUCACUCUUUGGCCCUUGAAUUUUUAUCAUCGCUUUGUUGUAUUAUUAAAGUGCCUUUUGUUGUUAAAAUGACAUGCAUGUUGUUUUCAGAAUUAAUAUUGUCUGUAGAGUGCUUUCAACAGUUCGGAUUUAUGCGUUCGUAAAUAAUAACAUAUAGAUUUACAAAUAUAGAAGUUUCAGUAAAAUGCAAUUCUGUUUUCAA